UCAAUGUUUUCAUCAUCAUCAUUAUCAUCAUCGUCAUCAUCAUCCAGUCCAAAAUCUCGCUGUGGUCGAAGCAAAAGCACUAGCAAUAUAUCGUGUCAUGAACGUCCUUCCCGACCAUUUCCAAAAUUGGCAAGACAAAAUUCGCUAACGGAUUUUGUCCAUCGUCUCGCAUCACCUUUCCGUACAACAGUAAAACAUCAUCCAACAUCAUCCUAUUCUACCAAUAUAGAUGAUUAUCAUUUGAUUCGAUCCAUUGGCGCUGGUGCAAGUGCAACAGUGUAUUCAGCAACUUAUCAAUCAUUAUCCACAUUAGUGGCGAUCAAAACUAUCAAUCUUGAACGAUUGGAUAUUACAGAUAGUUCAUCAACUAGAUUAGAUUGUCUCAGAAAAGAAAUCCAAAUCAUGAAGUUAUGUCAACACGAACAUUUAUUACCUGUUUUUCAAAGUUUUGUUGUCAAGAAUCAUCUUUAUUUAGUAACUCCAAUCAUGUCAGGAGGUUCUUGUCGUGAUCUUGUUUCCUCACUAAAUCAUGGCUUAGAUGGGCCCCUUAUUGCAUGCAUUACCAAACAAGCUGUUGAAGGUUUAUCAUAUCUUCAUAAGAAUGAACUAGUACAUCGUGAUGUUAAAGCUGCUAAUCUUUUAAUAGACUGGGAUACUGGUAUUGUCAAACUCGCUGAUUUUGGUGUAAGCAACUUUCUAUCGAUUGAAACAUAUUCUUCUACUGAUAUCAAUGGUGAUUCACUGGAUAUUGGACAAAACAAUGAAUCCUCUAUUACUUUAGCAACCAAUACGAAACACCUUUCUGGUACAAUAGCAGCUGCAAACUCAGGCAGUAACAUACGAUUAAAUGAAUCCCCUUUAACUCUUCAGCAACGACCUCUACCACGCAACCAACGUAGAACUAUCAACUCUUUCGGAAAAAGAUUGGUACGACAAAGUUUUGUUGGUACACCGUUAUAUAUUGCACCUGAAAUAUUACUGGAACAAUCCUAUGGAAACAAAGUGGAUAUUUGGUCUCUUGGUAUUACUUUGAUUGAACUAGCAGUUGGACGACCUCCUUAUCAUCAAUAUGAUCCUUCGACGAUUUUUUCUUUAGUUCUUGACUAUCCUUCUCCAACUCUACAAAGUAUUGAUGAUGAUGAAGAUAUGACAAGUAAUAAUCCUCUUACUGACUUUGUUGAUCAAUGUCUACUCAAACAUCCUGAUGUACGGAUCUCGUCUGCUGAAGCCUUGAAUCAUCCAUUAUUACGAAAAGCACCUUCUCCUUCUUAUUUACAACGAUUUUUAUCAUUUCACCCUGAAAUCAAUCUACAAUCUCAUCGAUUAUGUCGAGCAACCAGAUUUGGUAGGAUGUCGGAAACAGAACGUCAGAACAAGUACAAAUCUGGCUUAGGCAACGCUCCUUGGAACUUUACUGUGGAUAGGAAAUCUUGUUUGAUUGUAAAUACUGAUCAAAAUCAAGUGAAUUAGGAUAUAUAUAUUCUCUAUUGGUCAUUCUUCAUUAGCUC